AAAAGGAAAAGAUACAGAGAGAAUUCGGCUGAUGGCGAGGAGGGCAGGAUUAUAUUACCCUACUGGCUUUUCCUUCUCUCUUGCUACCUGUAAUUUUUGAGCCACAGGAAAGAGACGAAGUAGGGAAGAAUUAUUUUUUUUCUUUUUUUACAUAUGGGAACAAUAAAAAGGAGAUUCCCCCAGCGUUAAUAUAUAUAUAUAUAUAUCCUCACAUCCUUUGAAUUCAUGCAAAUUAAAGAGCUUCUGCGUAAACCUGGGAGAAAGUGCUUAUUCGUUUCAAUUGAAUAUUUGAGAAGCAACCUCACAAAAGGACUAUUGUUUUACCGUAUACAGGCUCUUUGUGGCUUAUGCAAUUGGUUACUGGAGGCUCGCGGUUCAUUGAAAACCAGAGACAGAGCUUUUGUAAUUCUAGAUGUGACCAAUUAAACAAGCUGCAGCUACCACUUGGCUGAGCAGUCUGCAUCCCAGCUAAAUAUGUAAAGAGGAAAGUCCGUCUCUGCAUCCAUUCUGGGAGGGUGAUGCAAACGGCGUAAUUGCGUGCAGAUUAUUGGAAAACCAACUGACACAGCCCAAAGUAGAGGCAAUAGGAGCCGGAUCAAGGCAGCGUCAUUAGGUGUUAAGUUGAGGUGCUUUUAGGUUCAUUCAUUUUAAUCCAGAUCUCCCAGGGCUUCUAACAAAGUGCCUACACUUUGCGCUCAGACAAGGGAGCGCAGAUAAAACGUACACAUUUGCCUACGAUCUUACGAGGAAUAUUCCUUUCAAAGGACAAAAAUAUGCCAACCAAUGGAAUACAUCAGAUCUUGAAGAUUCAGUUUGGUCUGAUCAACUGUGAUAACAAGUAUUUGACAGCAGAAGCUUUUGGUUUUAAGGUCUACGCCUCUGCUCCAAGCUUGAAAAAGAAGCAAAUAUGGACUCUAGAGCAGGAUGAAGUAGACAGUUCAGUGGUCUAUCUCAAAAGUCAUCACCUGGCGAGGUACCUAUCGGCUGACAAAGAUGGCAAGGUGUCUUGCGACGCUGAGAAACCAGAAGGUGACUGUCGUUUCUCCAUCACUGCCCAAUCAGAUGGGAGGUGGGCCCUCCAAUCUGAACCCCAUAAACGGUUCUUUGGGGGAUCGGAGGACAAAUUACAGUGUUUUGCCCAAACGAUCACAGAGUCAGAACUCUGGGCUGUACAUCUUGCCAUUCACCCUCAGGCUAAUCUCCUAAGCGUCAGCCGGAGGAGAUAUGCACAUUUGAGCCAACAGGAGGAUGAAAUCUCUACAGACAGUAACAUUCCCUGGGGUGUUGACUCCCUUAUUACCUUAGUAUUUCAGGACAAAAAGUACUGCUUGAAGACUUGUGACAACAGAUACUUGCGGAAUGAUGGGAAGCUGGUUAAAGAUCCUGAUGACAGGACUGGCUACACUCUGGAGUUCAAAGCAGGGAAGUUGGCCUUCAAAGACUGCACUGGGAAGUAUUUGACACCGAUGGGACCCACUGGUACUCUGAAAUCGGGGAGGAGCUCCAAACCUGGCAAAGACGAGCUCUUUGAUCUGGAGGAAAGUCAUCCACAAAUUGUCUUCAUGGCGUCCAACAGAAGAUAUAUCUCUAUAAGGCAAGGUGUAAACGUCUCAGCCAACCAGGACGAGGAGACAGAUUAUGAAACAUUCCAAAUGCAAAUCGACAAGGAGACCAAAAGGUGUAGUUUCCACACCAAUGCAGGAAAGUACUGGACCCUGGUGAGCCACGGUGGCAUUCAGUCCACAGCCACUGAAAUUGCUGCCAACACGAUGUUUGAAAUUGAAUGGCGAGGCAGGAAAGUCGCUCUGAAAGCCAGCAAUGGAAAGUAUAUCUGUACAAAGAAGAACGGGCAACUGGCAGCAGUCAGCGACUCAGUUGGUGAAGAUGAGGAAUUUAUACUAAAGCUGAUAAACAGACCAAUUCUGGUCCUGCGUGGAGAUCUGGGCUUCGUCUGCUACCAUAAAACAUCAAACACGCUCGAUGCAAACCGUUCCUCCUACGAUGUUUUCCAGAUCAUCUUUAACAAUGGCGCCUACCAAAUUAAAGGCCAGGCCGGCAAGUUCUGGUACAUCUCCAGUAAUGGUACUAUUUGCAGCGAUGGAGACAUGUCGGAGGACUUCUUCUUUGAGUUUCGAGAACAUAACCGUCUGGCCAUCAAGGGCAAGAAUGGCAAAUAUCUGCGUGGGGACCAGGCCGGCACGCUCAAGGCAGAUGCAGAAUCGGUUAAUACAGCUACCCUAUGGGAGUACUGAGGGACACAGAGCGCCACUUAGGACAUUAGAUGAGCGGCCUGGUGACCUGGGUCAAAGAAGGACAGAAUAAAUAGGGUCGAGGUCCAAACUAGGACCAUUAUUAGAGACUGGAAAAGAGAGACUGUUGACCCUGAGACUUUAUAUUUUAUAGUGGUCCACAGUUUUGAUUAGAUUGUUGUAAAGCUAUAGAGGGCACAGUGACUCUCUAGAAACACUUUAGAAUCCGGGGAGAUGCAUGUAAUUACCCACCGAAGAGUUUAAUAUUUCUAUUAUAGAGUAAGAUAUGUAUGUUAUAAAAUUUGUAUAUUUGUCCUCUGUGUGUACAGUGUGCUACAUGCAGGUACAAUCAGUUAUACUCUGAGGGUGGAAUUAGAAAUGUAAUACUAUUACCGUAUGAUUGAACUACCGUAUAUAUACUCUGUUAUGUUACAUGUUCCAUAGUUGGACACUGCAGUCAUACGAGCAGGUAAUAAUUCCAGGAUAGGUCUAAAAACAAAUCAAAUAAGUAUUUCAAUAAAUGGACUGAGCUCCACCCCGUUACUGACCAAGAGGUACGACUAGCUAAAACCUAACACACCUCCUUGGCUGGAAAAGGGGCGACUGAUUCACAAAUAUCUAGUUUAAUAAAGAUUUCUUUGGCGACAAA